AUGGAUACCAUGAGACCCAAAUCAGCCUUCAACAACAACAACAACAAGCAGAGCAAAUUGGCUAGGACUUUCCACAAGGUCAUCAACCUCAGAAGCGCAACCAGCAAAAUUGCAUCCAACAAUGGCAUUUGCCUUCUCACAUCUCAGGCCAAAGUCAAGGAGGACCGUGAACAUUUCGAAAAGCAUAGGCAUUUGGACAAGAAGGAAGAAGAAUUCAAAGCCAGAAACAGAGCAGUCAUGGAAGCUCUGCUGGCCAAGCUCUUUGCUGGCAUCACUUCCAUCAAAGCUGCCUACGCAGAGCUCCAAAUGGCCCAAAACCCAUACAACGACGAAGCUAUUCAGAUGGCUGAUCAGUCCGUCGUCGACGAGCUCAAAGCCAUAUCAGAAUUGAAACGCAGCUUUUUGAAGAAAGAGCUCGAUCUCUCACCCCAGGUCACUCUAAUGCUUGCAGAGAUUCAAGAGCAGCAGGGGCUAAUGAAGACCUAUGAGAUCACCAUCAAGAAAUUGGAGUCUGAAGCUGAACACAAGGGCACAGACAUUUAUUCUCUCCAGAAAAAGCUUGAAGAUUGUGUCUCAUUCAACAAGUCCUUGGAAAACAAGCUAAACGCAAGUGGCUCUCUGUCUCUGUCCAUGUUCGAAAAUCUUCGGCUUUCGGUGCUCAACCCAACACAUUUUGUUCAGUUUCAGCAACACACUUUAAGAUCCAUAAGGAGCUUCGUGAGGCUGAUGAUCCGUGAAAUGGAAUCUGCAAACUGGGAUCUCGACACAGCCAUCAAAUUCAUCGAGCCAGACUCUAUUUUCGCAAAACAGAGCCAUAGUUGCUUUGCGUUCGAAUCAUUUGUGAGCAAAACCAUGCUUGAAGGCUUCAACAACCCAAACUUUGGGCUACCCAGUGAGUCCUUGCCCCUUAACAACAAAACCCAGCUUCUCUUUUUUGAGAAAUUCAAGAAACUCAUAUCAGUAAAUUCAAAAAACUUUCUUGCCCAGAACCCAAGUUCAUCGUUUUGUAAGUUCACUCGGGCCAAGUACCUUCAACUCGUUCACGCAAAGAUGGAGUGUUCUCUUUUUGGGAAUUUAAACCAGAGAAAGCUCCUAAGCACCGGUGGGGUUCCAGACUCUGCAUUUUUUGCGGCGUUUGCAGAAAUGUCGAUGCGGGUUUGGCUUUUGCAUUGCUUGGCAUUCUCAUUUGGUCAACAAGUUUCCAUCUUUCAGGUCAAGAAAGGCUCCAGAUUUUCAGAGGUGUACAUGGAGUCUGUGGCUCCGAACGAUGUCGAUACAGAGCCUUCAGUGAGUUUCACAGUUGUGCCAGGGUUCAAGAUUGGGAAGACGGUGAUACAGAGCCAGGUUUACUUGUCUCCAGUGACUGCUCCGGCAAGCUGA